CCAUCAGCACCCAGCCCGCGGCCCCGCAUCCUGCAUCCCGCUCGCUCUCCCUCGGGAACAAGUCUCCUGAGUUUGUCAAGAUGCCUCGGCUCCUGAGAGACGUUCUCUGUGUCAUCGAGACAUUCCACAAGUAUGCCAGGGAGAAUGGUGAGGAGGCGACACUGACCGGCAGGGAGCUGAAACGGCUCAUCCAGGGCGAGUUUGGGGGUGUUCUCCAGCCACGUGUCAUUCAUGCUGUGGAGAGAAAUUUGACUCUUCUGGAUAUUGACAGUGAUGGCACCAUCGGUUUUGAUGAGUUUGUCCUUGCUAUCUUCAACUUGUUGGACCUCUGUUAUCUCGACAUACAAUCAUUACUAAAUUCAGAACCAGGACAAGUGUCUGAACCAGAAGAGAAACCAGAUGAUGUGGACCUUCAGGCAACCGGCAGAACUGGGCAAUGGACAGAAGGACCCCCGCGCGCUCAAGACGCAGUAGUUCUUCCUUCAGGAACAGCGUCAUCAGCUCAGCUCAGCGCUGAGGAAAGGGGGUACAACAGGGUGGACCCGCAGGGAGACAUCAAGACUCACAAACUGCCUGGGGAAGCAUCCGGGCACAGUGACCCUGAGAACCAACCCCUGGGAGGAGCUGAGCAGAGCCAGGAAGUGACCCAAGAUGUACCAGCAAUAGGAGACAAAGGGGCCCAAAUUGAGACAAAUAAGCCGAAAGCAGGAUCCGAACAGACUGGCAGUCCCACAAAGGGGGAUGGGCAGGAUGAGGAGGCUCCCAGGAAAGGAGACGAACCAGCCCAGGAGCAAAGUGCCGCUGAGACAAGAGACCAGUUUGGAGAACAGGACGGGAACUUGGGAACCCAAAGUUCUCCAUCAGAAGAAACAACUCAGAGACCACCUGACAAGCAAGAAGUUGUAGCAGAAAGGGGUGUUCUGGAAAUUUCUAAUACACAAGAACAGCCACCACCCAGUUCAGUGCGUGCUGACAUGCCAGCACGCGCUGCUGCCUGGAAACCACUGCAGACCCAGAAAUCACCCGAUCCUGAGGAUGAGGGCAGAACAGCCAAGACUCGAGAACCAGGAAAGGAUGCUGACAGGACACUACCUGAGACAAAGAACCCAGCUGAACUAGAGGAUGAUGGUAGAAUGUCUGAGACCCAUGAGCCCCCAGCACAAGAAAAAGAACAUGAAACAAAGGACCGGUCCAUGCAAGGUGAUAGCAGAAAUGUUUCAGAAACGACUGAUGUUCAAACUGAACAGAAAGAUGGGGGAGGCCCUGAGGCCCGUGGAACAGAAGGGCAGGAAGAAAGUGAGAGAAAGACUCAGCUACCAGCCCUGGAAGACAAAGCACAGGGUGGGAAGAGUCAGGAACUCCAGGAACCAUCAAAAGAAAGGGAUGCUAAAGAAGGUCCUAAGACACAAGAGUUAAGCGCCAAAGGAGGAGAUCAGAAUCAUGCUGAAACAGGAGCCAUCGCUGCAGGAGACGAGGCAGGACAAGCGGAAGAAGGCACCGCAGAAGCCCCUGUGGGCAGCAGCAAUGCCCCUGCAGCAGAAGGAACACCAGGGGCAAGGGAAAGACAGUGGCAGAUGGCACCGGGGGAGAACAAGAGGGUCCCCAAGACUCACGACAAGUCAGUCAAGGAGGAUGAUGGUCACCAGGGGGGCCCUCCUGAGCCAAGAGUCACACAGAGUGAUAAAGGGUCUCCUGAAACCUGCAACUGCCUGACUCCAGAGGACGGUGACAACAGCUCUGAGACAAGUGACCUGCCUGUGCAAGGGGACUCCCAGCAUCAAGGAGACCCACUCGGAGAGUCUAUGCAAGGAAGUCACAGUAAAAACCCAGACGCCCAGAAACAGGUAGCCCUGGGUGAGGCAACCAGAACUCAGGAGGCAGUGGUGCCAACGGUCGCCGGAGGACAGGAUGAGCCACCCGUGGAGGACCCUGACGGAGAAGCGCCCAAGAGUCGGGGCUCAGGCACCAGAGGCCCAGGCCCAGCUGUGGAGCCCACUGCACACCCAGAGGCACAGGAGUCCACGGUGCGAGGUGAAAACAGAAAGUCCCCAGAGACAGAGACCCCAGGAGCCGUGAGUGCAGACUUCACCGACCAGCUUCUCCUGAUGCAGCUCCCUAGGAAGGAAGACAGCAAGACAGAGCUCAAGAUCCAGCGCCCAGGCACCAAAGAGGAGGAAGAUGGGGCACCCAAGGCCCAGGAGGCUCCAGUGAAAAGUCUAGAUGAGGACAAUCCAGCCUCCCCCAAGACACACCUUGAAACAGAGGACCCUGCCACCUUGGAGGAGGAGGAUGAAAGCCCCCAGGGGCUGGCAGGAGAAGGUGAUGACCAACAAAAUCCAGCCAAGGGGGGGCCUUAUUCUUCAGUCCCUCCAUCAGCCCUUGAAGAGAGGACUCAGAAGGACCAAGAGCCCCGCUGUGCAGAGAGUGGCACCUUCCCUUCCAGUCUACUGUACGAGUACCUACAGGAGACACUCCGGCAGCGAACAGACAGAACUGCAGGGCAGCGUCAAACUCAAGGUCAGACGGCCAGGGCAUCAAGCCCAGAGCUCCACAAGGACCAGCUCGCCACUGACCUCUCGGGUCGUCCUGUCUCUUUCGAUGACUGCUAAGCAUUAUGGCAGUACACCGGGGAACCUCUGCCUGGUGAGGAUCCUGCUGACACUCAGCAAACAUCAGCUCCCCAAGCCUUGGCAGAAAAGCAAAGCCAUCUUCAGAGAGGAACCAGACCCACAAAGAGAGGGGAGCACCACAAAGCAAUGAGUCCUCACAGGUAUCCCAGGAGAAGUUCCAAGACACUGUCCACUUGAACAUGCCCCAGAUUCCUCCCUCCUGAUCACCCUCAACACUCACAUCCGAUGCAGAUUAAUAAUCCUUUAAAUUCCCUUCC